UCUACGUCUGUGACGUCUGUAUCACGUGUCCAUCUCUUCUCUCGGUACGUCUGCCGUAUUUUCCUCCUCUGCCUUGUGUCUGAUAAACCGAGAGCACCAGGCGCAAAACAAGCACAGCACACGAGCACCGUGGGCCCUGUGUCACGUUGAUCCCAGUCGGGUUUCAGAGGAGACCCUUUACCCAAGUUACCAUCAGCUGCGCCCCCGCCUCCGGGCUGCGUACCGCUCUGAGCCCGUAGCACUGUAAACUUUUCACAAAUCAGCGCCAGAAGCGACCCGAGACAAAGCCAGGAUGGCCUCUAGACUGCAGUGAGCGAAUGACCUGUGCUGUGGACAUGCCCUCCCAUCCACCAACCCCCACGCCUGGUCUACAGUGAACCAGAAACCGGUCUGUACUCUCACUCACACACCCCUGACAACGAGCUGGUCACGCCAUGGCCAGCAAAAGGAAGUCUUCUACUCCUUGCAUGAUCCCUAGCAAGGUACUACGCCCCACGGACGAAGCAGACCAGGAUUCUCCCAUGUAUCUGGGACCAUCUAGGAGUUUGGACAUUGAUCUAAAUAAUUCCCUGGAUGCUAAUGAGAAGGCAGAAACAACUGAGGAGAAAGAUGACACUUAUACCUGUCGACCUUGCAACUUUGAAACGCAGGAUCUUAACUUGUUUUUGGACCAUGUAUACAGUGGGCACCCAGAUUUCCGUGCGGACCCCAGCUUUCUUUGCCUCACCUGUGGGAUUUCGUCAGCAAAGUUUGAAGGGCUAGCGCUUCACAAUGCCCGGGUUCACCCCAGCACUUUGAAUACCACUCUGCAACUGAAAAUGAAGGACAAAAGGGUUGUGGUGGAGCAGACUUUACUCAACAGGACAGAGGCUGGCAAGGAUGUUGAAAUUGCGAUCACAAAAACUCCUAUUAUGAGAAUGCUCAAGGGCAAAUCUGAGCCUAAAAAGAUAGUGGUGUCACAUACUAUAUCGGAUGAAGCAGAGUCACUUCCCGGGGCGAGAGAGACUGACCGGAAAGAAAGUGCUACAGCAGUAAAUGUUAGUCAUGUCUCCACUCUGGUCCACAAUGGCACAGCUAAAGUCAUGCCCUCUGCCAUACAGAUAGUCAAUGGUUCUGGAGCCUUGCCAAUGCUUAAGACGCCUAUAACUCAAGUGGUGUCUGUGGUCCAGAACAAAAAUUUGCAUCACUCCACAUCUGUUUCUGCAUCGAAUGUGUCCUCUUCAUCAUCACAGUCUUCUAAAAACCUCCCUAAGGUGAUGAUUCCUUUAAGCAGUAUUCCGACAUAUAGUGCCUCUAUGGAUGAAUCUUCCUUCCUGAAGACCUCCUUUAAUAAGUUCCCGUAUCCCACAAAGGCUGAGCUCUGCUACCUGACUGUUGUCACCAAGUUUCCAGAGGAGCAGAUUAAGAUUUGGUUCACUGCUCAGAGACUGAAGCAGGGCAUCAGCUGGUCUCCAGAGGAAAUUGAAGAGGCCAGAAGGAAAAUGUUCAAUACCAUUAUCCAGACAGCACCAGCCAGUUCACCGAGUCUCACUAGCCCUGCUCAGCACACCAUAGCCGUUCUGCCGGCGUCAUUGGGGGCGACUGGCCUGCCCCAAAUCCUCCAGGGGUCUUUAGUCAGCCAAGGGGGUGUGAUUGUUACACAGCCUAUGAUGGCCAAUGGUAUUCAGGUUAACAGCGCUCCAGUAGCACUCGCUGUUACACCCAAGCCACAAGCAGCUGCCCGGCCCAUGAUGCAAGCUCGCCCUGCUGCCGCACUGGUGGCAGACAAGGGAAUUAGUAUGGUGGUAGGGACUGUGGGCAGCAGCAGUGCAGGGACCAAUGUUAUUAGUCCCAGUAAAAGAAAUGGAUCCAGCUCUGUUACUAAUAGUCAGGCAAGUGUCAUCAAUCUUAGUCUAGCUACCAGCAACCGUGCAAAAACAAAUAAUAUUAAUGGUAAACCUAGUAAUUUAGAGUCCCAAAACAAAAGCAAUUGUAAGAAUAGCAGUGAUACUAAAAAUGCCAAAUCCAGCAGUCCUAGUGUUUUACAAACUGACAGCACAGACACUACAAGCAAAUAUGCACAAGGCACAAAUAUUGAUGAUUUCCACUCCUCUGCCAGUAAUUCUCCAAGCAUCAAAAUGGAGGACGCCGCAUCACCCGCCUCCAAAUCUUCCUCACCCUCUCCUUCAGCUUCCUCCAGCUCCAUCUCUGGCUCCAAAACCCCUGUCAACCCUUUCUUGGACCCCAGCUUUUACAAGGGCAAAAAGUCACAAGAACAGCUCAGUGCUUUGAAAGAUAGUUUUCAGAGCAACCAAUUCCCCGACCAGGAAGAAGUGGAUCGGCUCAUUGCUUUAACUGGACUCACAGUGAGGGAAGUCAGAAAAUGGUUCAGUGACAGGCGCUACCACUUGCGUAAUCUUAAAGGGUCACGUACUUCAGGAGGAUCAGGCAAAGACAAGACUUCAACUAGUGCUCCGAGUACACCAGGGAGUGGCACAGCUAACAUUGGUACCCCUCUGGAUCUUUCGGAGACCAGUGGCACACCAGACGCUAAGAACACAGCUGCUCCUCAGAGCCCACCACCAUCACAAAUUCCCACCUCUCCCACCACUCCCUCCAGACGAGCCCCUAGACCACCAUCUCCAGACUUCACUGCAAUACGCUACAAAGAGAGAGAACCACAUCAGGUGAAAGCACUGGAGGCAAGCUUUUCCCAAGACCCGGACCCAUCCAACGAGGAAGUAGACAGACUCAGAGCUGAAACUAAAAUGACCAGACGUGAGAUCCACGGCUGGUUUACAGAACGGAGGAAACGUGUGGCAGCUGAGAAAAAGAGGGAGGAUGAGGAGCGGGCCAUAAGGGAGGAGGAAGAGGAUGAGGAGGAUGAGGAAAAGCCUAAAGUCAAUCCAAUAAAAAUCAAUCUUAAAAUGUUAAAGGUGACUGAAGCAAAACAGGAGGGUGAGGCUUCCGAUAGCCCCUCUGUUAAUUUACAAAAGACACCAUCAUCAUCGCCAGGUCCAACCCAAUCCUCAAAACACUCCUCCACAACACCCAAAACAAUUGUGUCUCCCAAACCGGCAGCUUAUAGAGGCAAGAAGACCCCUGAACAGCUGCAUAUGUUAAAACAGAUCUAUGCCAGGACACAGUGGCCCAGUGCUACCCAGUAUGAUGAACUGAUCUCAGGUACAGGACUGCCCAGGCCUGAGGUGGUCCGCUGGUUUGGAGAUUGUAGAUAUGUACAGAAGAACGGACAGUUGAAGUGGUUGGAGACGUAUCAACGCACAGCACUGAGUGAAGAUUUGCAGAAGGGGAAUGAACAGGCUCUGCAGACACAUCUGAACAAGAAUGGCCGGCUUAAAGAGUCUGAGCUUGAACAGUUGAUAGAAGCCAGUGGCUUGACGAGCGACCUGGUGAAAUACUGGUUUUCUACCAAAACCUCUUCUGUCCCGCUGCCCCAAAUAACAGAGAACACAAAACCUGCUAUACCGGGUUCAACAUCAUCAGAUGCCCAGCUGCCAGGGUCUGCAUCUCCUCUGGAGCCACAGCCGGGAGCAGGAAACGAGGAGAAGAUGGAGCAAUCUGUGUGUGGUGUGUCCAAACCUGAUGAAUAAGAAUAUGAAAUAACGAGAAAAUAGUCUAGAUGUGUUUUGGAAAAAAACAGUGUGUCUGAUCAGAUAUGCUAUGAUAGUGGUCCCUGUUAGUGUGUAAGAUAAGGUCUAUGAGCCAGCAAGCAAUGUGACAGAGGCAAGAAUAGGUAACCCUAAGGACCUGAAGUGCUUGAUGCUGAAUACAGUGUGUCACUGCUUUGCAUAUGGGGUCUCAAAUUAUAAAUGUGUGGUCAUAAAGUUAUGCUUGAUUAGUCAGAAUGCAAUAAAUAAAAUUCCUAUUAUCUAUUGUUGUAAUAUUUUAUGACAAAGCUAGUAGAAAAAAAUCUGUUCAUACUAUGGAGGAGUAUUUUGAAGGCUUUGUUUUAAUUGAAACUAUGUAGCAGGUAGUCUUUAUGCCUGAAUCCAAAACCACAGGCACUGUUAUAACCUGAUCACAGGGUGAAAAUGAAAAGGGUAGAAAUGGUCUUCUCCCAUUACAUACUGGCAGACGUUAAUCAUCCUCAAAUCCUAUCUCUUCUAAUGAUUGUCAAUUCUCGUUUUUUGGUGAUUUUAACAACCAAAGAGAGUUUAUCUGCUGGUAUAGCUCUCAUCCUUCGCUGUUUACCUGUCCUGGUGUGACAAAAGUAGAUGAUGGAAAUGUAGUCAUUAGACACAUUAGAGAUAAUGUACAUACUACUUGUUGGGAUAGGGUGCUUGCCUUAAUGUCAGCCAUUAUCAUCCAUUGUUGUUCUUUUGCACUCAAUCACUUUGAAACCAUGCUUACAGCCUUUCUGAAUGUGCUGAUAUGUGAAACAGCAGCACUGAUUUAAUUUCUGGGCCUGGAAGCAUUCUGAAUGAAUUUGUUACCCAUCCUUCAAAGAUGUACAUAUUUUUGGUAAAGAAAAAAUAGUGGUCGCUAUAGCUGAAUAAAUUGUCAUCCAAAGAAUGCAAGCAUCCCGGUGUUUAAUAAGAAACUGACUUGUAUUAUGUUUUAUGUAUGAAAUAUUUGUGUUGUAGCAUUGAGUGCUGCUUGGCGUUAUUGUUGUUGGAAAAUACAUUUUUUAUGGAACUUUGGUAAUAAAGAACAGAGUUUGUUUCAGCAAGCUCCAUACUGACGCUUAAUGUACAAUUUUUACAACACUAUUUGCAAAAUAAAACAACUUGUAAUACAA